AACAGCGGCAUGAGACUAAUCCACCCUCUUAACUCUCACCAAAGAAUAAACUAAAUCCCUGCACGUAGUCUCCUGAUUUAGUCUUUGGCGGGAAUAGUUUCAAUUGUCAAAUUUCUUGGAAUUCAAGGUUUGAAUCAGGGAGGGAAAUGAGUAGAUAAAAACCAAUUCACAAGAAGACAAAUAAAUGAAACGAUAAAAGGAGGAUUGCAUUUUUAAGUGAACACUAGCAAAGAAAGGAGCAGCAGAGGCGGCAGGCUAAAGGCAGAGGAGCUCGAAAAACGCUUCCUUUUCUCUUCUCUCAAGCAUUCUGUCGGUUCAAGUCUAUUCUUUUCAAGCACAGUUUAUUGGACAGAGUUUUUGGCAUAAGGAGCUGAUUUGAAUUGUAUACUCAAACCAAGUGUCUUAGCUUUUUGAUUUCAAAGGAAGCAACUAUGUAUGUGAUCAAGAGAGAUGGUAGGCAGGAGGCGGUGCACUUUGACAAGAUUACUGCACGGUUGAAAAAGUUGAGUUAUGGACUGAAUACAGAGCAUUGUGAUCCUGUCUUGGUUGCCCAAAAGGUCUGUGCCGGUGUUUACAAAGGUGUUACCACAAGUCAGCUAGAUGAAUUGGCUGCUGAAACUGCAGCUGCUAUGACUACAAACCAUCCUGAUUAUGCCCAACUGGCUGCUAGAAUAACUGUUUCCAAUCUUCACAAAAACACCAAAAAAUCAUUUUCUGAGACGAUAAAGCAAAUGUAUAGGCAUGUUAAUCAGCGGUCUGGCCUGGAUUCUCCUUUGAUUGCAGAUGAUGUUUAUGAGAUCAUUAUGAAGAAUGCUGCCCGUUUGGACAGUGAGAUCAUUUAUGACAGGGAUUUUGAUUAUGAUUACUUUGGAUUUAAGACUCUUGAGAGGUCUUAUCUCUUGAAAGAUAAUGGGGUUGUUGUUGAGAGGCCUCAGCAUAUGUUAAUGAGAGUUUCUGUUGGAAUUCAUAAAAAUGACAUUGAUUCAGCCAUCCAAACCUACCAUUUAAUGUCACAACGUUGGUUUACUCAUGCCUCUCCUACCCUCUUCAAUGCUGGAACGCCAAGGCCACAGUUGAGUAGCUGUUUCCUUGUAUGCAUGAAAGAUGAUAGUAUUGAGGGGAUAUAUGAUACUUUGAAGGAAUGUGCUGUAAUCAGUAAAUUAGCUGGAGGGCUUGGCAUCUCAGUUCAUAAUAUUCGUGCAACUGGUAGUUAUAUUCGAGGAACAAAUGGGACAUCAAAUGGAAUUGUACCCAUGCUGCGUGUAUUCAAUGACACUGCUCGAUAUGUCGAUCAAGGUGGAGGCAAGAGGAAAGGUGCUUUUGCUAUGUACCUGGAACCAUGGCAUGCUGAUGUUUUUGAGUUUUUGGAGUUGAGAAAGAACCAUGGGAAGGAAGAAAACAGAGCACGUGAUUUAUUUUAUGCACUCUGGGUGCCAGACCUCUUUAUGAAAAGGGUUGAGGAGAAUUCAACUUGGGCAUUGUUCUGUCCGAAUGAAGCCCCUGGGCUUGCUGAUUGUUGGGGUGAAGAAUUUGAAAGGCUCUAUCUGAAAUAUGAGCAAGAGGGAAGGGCAAAAAAGAUUAUACAAGCACACAAGCUAUGGUUUUCAAUUUUGGAAGCUCAGAUAGAAACUGGGAAUCCAUACAUGCUAUUUAAGGACACGUGCAAUAGGAAAAGCAAUCAGCAGAAUCUAGGAACUAUCAAGUCAUCAAACCUUUGUACAGAGAUUGUUGAAUUUACAAGUCCAACGGAAACUGCAGUCUGUAAUUUGGCAUCAAUUGCCUUGUCUAGAUAUGUGAAGGAGAAGGGUGUACCCAAUGAGUCUCAGCCCUCUAAGUUGGUUGGUAGCAGAGGAUGCAGAAAUCGCUAUUUUGAUUUUGAUAAGUUAGCAGAGGUUACAUCAAUUGUGACUUACAAUCUUAACAAGAUAAUUGAUGUAAACUAUUAUCCUGUGGAAACUGCAAAGCGGUCAAAUAUGCGGCACAGGCCAAUUGGCAUUGGUGUACAGGGUCUUGCUGACAGUUUUAUACUGCUUGGCAUGCCAUUUGACUCAGAAGAGGCUAAACAAUUGAACAGGGAUAUAUUUGAGACGAUUUACUAUCAUGCUUUGAAAGCAUCAACUGAGCUUGCUAUAAAGGAAGGUCCUUAUGAAACCUACUUUGGGAGUCCUGUAAGCAAGGGAAUACUUCAACCAGACAUGUGGGAUGUGAAACCUUCUGCUCGUUGGGAUUGGGUUAUGUUGAGAGAAAUGAUUGCAAAGCACGGUGUGAGAAACUCUCUUCUUGUUGCUCCAAUGCCGACAGCAUCCACUAGUCAGAUUCUUGGGAACAAUGAGUGUUUUGAACCCUAUACAUCAAAUAUUUAUAGCCGAAGGGUGUUAAGUGGAGAAUUUGUGGUGGUAAACAAGCACUUACUUCAUGACUUGACAGAGAUGGGGCUCUGGUCUCCUUCUUUAAAGAACGAAGUUAUAUAUCAUAGUGGUUCUGUUCAAAACAUCAGUGAGGUUCCAAAUGAUCUCAAAGCUAUUUACAGGUUGAUGAAAUAUUUGAUGUUUCAAGCUAAUAAUAUUUUUUGGCAAAUAUUUCCUACUGUUUCUGAUUUAUGUGUCCUCUAUUUGAACAGGACUGUAUGGGAAUUAAAACAGCGGACUUUGGUGGACAUGGCAGCAGAGCGUGGCUGUUAUAUAGAUCAGAGUCAAAGCCUCAAUAUUCAUAUGGACCAGCCUAACUUUGGAAAGCUAACCUCCCUGCAUUUCUAUGCAUGGUCUAAGGGCUUGAAAACUGGAAUGUAUUAUCUACGGUCAAGGGCUGCAGCAGAUGCCAUUAAGUUUACUGUGGAUACAACAAGCAUAAAGGAAAAUUCCAUGCCAGUGACUGAAGAUGUUGAAACAAAAGUGGCUCAAAUGGUUUGCUCAUUGGAGAACAAAGAUGAAUGCCUUGCUUGUGGAAGCUGAUUGAUUGAUGUUCACAACUUGUGUUAACUAGCUUGGACUAAUUUAAUCAAAGCUUUGCGUUUUCUGAAGGCAUACCGUUAUUGUGUAAAUUUGGAGAAUUUAGCUCUAUGUACAAUGGCUAAUUGUAUAUCUUUUCCAAAUUUUCCAUUGUAGUGGCUUCUUUUUCUGCUGCCAUGCAACCUAGCCUUUGUAAAAGCAACAAAAAUUGCUGUUGACUGCCUUGUAAUAAAGCCCUAUGCAUGGAGCAAUUAUUAGAGGCUGAAUGUUAUCAUGAUUUGUCAUUUGCCAUUUUCAUUUGACAUUUAAUGAUUUGAAUAGAAAAAAAUGGUAGCUUCCUUGUUCAAACAAAUAGAUGUGCAAUGAUCAAGAAUGUUGUAUCUAACUUGAGGUUUCACAAUUAAUGGAUUUAAUGAGUUAUACUGGUA